CUCGACACACGCUUUGGCAUUUUCGCACUUCGGCACUACGUUCACGUUAAUUGCAGCGGCAUCAUUUUUGCUUGAUUUCGAAGGGUUUUUUUUUGUGGUGAAAAAAGAGACAUAAGUGCUUGGCUUGGUGCUUCUUAUGGGUAUAUAUCCGGUACCCCCAAGACUCCGAUAAGUUUAUCAUAGUUCGCGGAGUCCCUUUGAUGAAACGGGGUGCAGCCGAGAAAUCGCAAAUUGUCCGACGCACAUGAAAGUGUAACAUGGAGGACAUCGAAUAUCUAGACGAGUACAAAGACUUGGUGCUGCCAGGGAUCAAAACCAGUGCUCCGCCAGCUUCCUCGGCCGGCGUCUCCCGUCCGCGUCGCAUUUCGUCAGACUCGAGCAACUCGUCGUCGAUCGAUGCGGACAUCUUCCAAAAGCUCUUUCACGGCAAGUACAAUGACGACGACGACCUGCUUGACGAGACUUCCGGCUCUAAGUCCAAGGACCGGCGUCGCCGCUCCCCAUCCCCAUACUCCUCCAGUGACGUUUCCAACGAUGCCCUUGAAACCCUGUUCUGCCGGAAUAUUUUCAAGUCGAAGCCAAACAAGCGGCGCGAACGCUACGAGUCCUUCGAUUCGGUGGACGAUUUGGGUGCGGCCCUGAUGCGUCCCUCGCAGAGGUUGACUGUACCCAAGCCUAGUACUUCCCAGGCAGGUGCCAGAAAAUCACUCGGUGAAGCCCCACACAGGAGCGGCAGCAACAGCAGCAGUGGCAACUUUGGCAAGUCAACCAGCAACAAACCACUGCCUGCUUCCCCAAGUAAAACUGCUGCUAACCCUAGUCUAAGUGCUAAGAACAAGAAUCCCAGCUCUUUAGUCUCAAAGCCAUCGGACUCCAUAAAUGGGAGUGGCCUGUCAUCCGCCAAAAACAAGACAGUGACCAUAAUAAAGGCCCAAAAGACAAAUCUAACGCCUUCGCAGCACGAACCCAAAACAGAUCCUUUGAGUAAGAACUGCACGUUGGGGGACUACGAUGGGGAUUCAGAAAGCGACUCAUCGUACGAGUACGAAUCGGACUUCUACGGCGAUCGCGACUCAGAGGACGAGGACGCCGAACCGGUCAUCGACAUUUCAACGGACACGAGCAGGACCACAUCGGUGGCGGACACCGUGACACCUGUUGUUUCCGACGACGAGAGCCAGGAGCCGCAGAGUAAACAGAAUGACCAUCCUGAGAAUGAUCAGGAGUCGGUACUGAGCGGUGUCUUUGAGCGCCUGCAGUCGUACUUGAAUAAUCUCAGUUGCGCCGAGGCGCCUCCAAUUUAUAAGAAACAGAGUAGUGCUAGGAAAUCCCGCUCCAAUGAAAAGAAACCUUCCUCCGAACAGGUUAAGCAUGCUAAUGAGCGAUCAGCGGCCAGUGACAAAGAAAAAGCGGAGGAAAAGGAGCAGGAGGAAUAUCUGGGGCCACUGGAGGCCAGCAGCAGUGCCAAAUCCUCGGCCAGCAAGGCCAGCAGCAGUGCCAAAUCCUCGGCCAGCAAGAACAGCGACAGUCGGAAGCUGAGUGCCGUGGAUAAGACCGUCACGCUCGAGGCGGUGGAGCGCAUGAGCCUUGACCUGGCCGAACAGAUCUUAGAGAUCGAUGUGGAGCGUUCUAACGAGUUCGAAAAGCGCUCCGGCUCCAAAACGCGCAGCAGAUCUAGAUCUAAGAACCCAGCGGAUCCCAGCACGUCCUCUAGCCUAAGCAAGAGCCAUGUGCGCAAGCUUACCUACUCGAGCGAACGGUUGGAAACCUGUGAGCCCUCAGGGUCCAAGCUGCGGCGGUCAAAGAGCGAAUCUUUUCCAAAACGAGGACGCUCCCGAGGGCAAAAGAAUCGUAAAAGUCGAGCUGCAACCACUGAGGAAAAGAUGGCUAAUGUGUCGGAAGGGGAGCGAGACACGGUCAAAAGAAAACGCGGAAGGCCCCGCAAAUAUUUUCCAAAUGAGACGCCAAAAGCUGAGUCUAGUAAAAAUUCAAGCGAAAACUUGGAUAAGGAUUCUCUUUUAUCAAAAACUAGCGAACAGAAAGCGGAAAAGGAGACGGUUAAUCUGGAAGAGCAUGAUGAACUAAAUACAGAAUUAGAUACAGCCAAAGAGUUAUCAGGAGGUGAUAACACUACCCAGAAUGAUAUUAGCAUGACUUCAUGUCCGCACAAAUCGGAUCUCAAAAGUGCUCCGGACAGGGAUGUGCAGCUGGAUAAAGAGUCUGAGCAAAAUCCCGAAAAAGAAGCGCUUGGUUUACUGGACACAUCAACGGAUACCUUUGAUACGGCAGAGGAUCACAACGAAAUGAUCGAAGAUAAGGAUUUAAUUUUAGGAGAAGAGGAAACUCAAAAGGAUUCUACCGUUGAAGCUACUAGGCAACCCAAUCACGAUGUAAUAAAGGAAUUGGAUAAAAUACAAAAUGCAAUUGAAGCUACUGUUGAAAUCGAAAUACCGACUGUGCUCACCCAUGCAAAUGAGGUUACUGGAAUCAUUAUUGAAGAAAGCGAUUCCCAGUUGGCUGAGGAUAUUAAGUUGGCUGAAGAGAUUUUGGCGGCUGAAGUGGGCAAAAGAAUUGAAGUAACUGAGGUAUCAGAGGCAGUAGAAGGUGGACAAAAUCCUGUAACUGAAAUUGUCAAGGAGCUAGAGCAGGAAACUAUUUCAGAAGUCGUAGGAAUUGCUGAAGAAGACAGUCAACCCAAAGAAAUAGAUCCAGUUGAAAAACUUCCUUUAGACAUUAAAGAAUGUCCAGUUCAAAAACAGACUCCAGUUAAAGAACCACCUUCUUCUGAAGAACAGUUUUCUACGGAAAAACCGCUUUCUACUGAAGAACCACCCUCUACUGAAGAACCACCCUCUAAUGAAGAACCACCCUCUACUGAGGAACCGCCUACUACUGAAGAACCACCCUCUACUCAAGGACCACCUUCAACUGAAGAACCACCCUCUACUAAAGAACCACCUUCUACUGAAGAUGAGCAACCUGCUGAAGUCGAGCCACCUACUGAAGAGCAGUCUCUUGCUAAAGACCUGUCUCCUGCUAAAGAGCAGAUAUCCAUUCAAGAGCCAAAACCUGCUGCAAAAGAAACAGGUCAAGAACCUGAAAAAGAUUCCUUGCCUUGUUCCGAAGUUCCUCUUAGCCAAGUAACAACUACCAAGAAACGAAAUAAUUCUUCGCCAGCUAAUACGCCCAAGAAAUCGAGGGAGCUGGAAUUUAAGGAAAGUUCGAUUUCCAGAAGGGCUCUCAGGUCCGAUAAAACAACUCCUAUUAACCAACGGGAAAGUCGCUCCAAGCGGCCGCUGAAGACCGAACUCACUCAACUUAUGGAUGAGACAUCGAGGCGAAGUAGUCCAAGAUUGGGCAGAUCUCCAGCGGAAAGUCACUCUUCCCAAGAACGCUCGCCGGUGGAAAAGAAAGUUAUAACUUCCAAGUUGGUCAAGGAAAAGUUAACCACUGAAAAUGUCAAUGCGUUAGAAGACAAAUCGUUUCCAUCUGAUACUGAAACUAAGGAUGUAAAUCAAGCUACAAAAUCUGAAGGUGCUCCAGUUGAAGAUGCUUCCGAAGUGGCAAAAAUGCCUAGCUCCACGGAUACUGAAAUGGAAAAGUCGAUGGGAGAGCCAUCAAAGUCGAAAAAAUCCAGAAGGACUCGUGGAUCAGGAAGGAAUAAAUAUACUGCAGAUUUAAACGAAGAGCUUCGUUCUACUUCAAAGUGUGCUGAAGAAUAUUCGACCUCAAGCGAGACAGAGCAGAAAGACGAAAAGGAGGAAAACCAACCACCUUCAGACCGACCAGUAAAUGUUUCCAAAAUGGCAGAACAGCCAAGCUCUAGUGAGGCUGAAAUGGAAAAGGUGAUGGGUAAGCCAUCAAAAUCGAAACAAUCCUUAAGGAGUCGUGGAGCAGGAAGGAAUAAAUAUACUGCAGAUUUAAACGAAGAGCUUCGUUCUACUUCAAAGUGUGCUGAAGAAUUUUCAACCUCAAGCGAGUCGGAGCAGAAAGACGAAAAGGGGGAAAACCUUCACACUUCAGACCCACCUGUAAAUGAUAGCAAAUCCCUUUUAGAAAACUCCGAAUUGGAAGAGAUUGAUACAGAACAUGUUGAGAAAAACUCGUUCAGUCCCAGGAAACUCCGUAGACCGUUAAAGGAAAAAGAAAAAGUUCAAGGCAAAACCGCCACCGACCAUAAAGGCGCUGAAACUGAAGAGAAUCCUUCCACAACAAGCAGUACGGAAACUGAUGUAAAGUCAGAAAUUCCGCAAUCUGUUUCUGUCAACAAUAAAGAGGAGCGAAACUCUGGCAGAUUGAGUCGCAGAGACAAGGCGACUAUUGAUGCGGCCAAGUCCCAAAAGCACGAAUCGCCUUCUGCCAAAUCUCAUUCUUCUAGUGAAAAAGUACUUUCGAAGGAAAGGCCUUCCAAAAAGGAUCAGACCAAAGAAAAGUCAUUGAAGGCAUUAGAGCCAGAUGCCAACAAAACCGUCAUGGAAAGAAAGCGAAAAUCGACAAAAGAGGAAAAGGAAACAGAAAAAAAAGAAGAAACAGAAAAAAAGGAAGAACCUGAAAACAAAGAAGAAGAAUCUGACAGUGACAGCCAACCAAAUGUCAAUUCCAAUGAAAAAGAACCAGAUCCUGAGCAAAAUUUGACUGAAGGCGAAUCAAUUAACAACAUACAAAAGCAAGAGACUAAAUUGGAUAUAAUGGAAGCCGUUUCGAGCAGCACCACUGACCAUACAGAAACUAAAAUUGAGGAGAAUCCUUUCUCGACAAGCAGCAUCCUAACUGAUGUUAAGUCAGUAACUUCGCAAAGUGAUUCUGUUAACAACAAAGAGGAGCGAAGCUCUGGCAGACCGAUUCGCAGAGACAAGGCGACUAAAACUCAAAAGCACGAUUCGUCUUCUACCAAAUCAGGAAUUAAAUUGGAUAAAAUGGAAGACUUUAUUUCCAGUCCGAACUCAGAACCAAUUUCAAAAGACUUGACACAAGAUUCAGCCAAGAAGGAUGAAAAGAAAUACAAUGAGCAGAUUUCUGAAUCUGAUAAAGAACUGGGUUUAGAUUUAAAUACGGAAGCAGAUAAACUAACAUCUUCUGCUGAAAAGGACUCUGACACAAUUUCGAAAGACUCGGCAAAGGAUAUUUCUAAGGCCAAGGUUUCAAAACAAAUAUCCAAGAGCAGGGGUAAAAAAGAUAAUAAGAAACCCAAGGAGAACAUUUCUAAUGAUAAUCAAGAGGCAAAAACAGUUCAACCUACUUCUUCAACAGAAAAGGACUCGAUAGAGUUGGAAGAUAAGCCCAAAGUCUCUGGAAUAGAAAGCGGAAGAAUCAGAAAACGUAGACAAGCUGUUACCGUUGAGGAUCCAGAAGACGAUAACGCCAUUCUAAAUACUGAACUAGACAAAAAAGAUACCCCUGCCGGUUUAAUUUCUAGUGAGCGGGAACCCUCACCAUUAGUUUUUGAAACCGAACACCGUUCUCCUAAAACAAAAAUACCAACGAAAACGUACCUACUGAGUACAAGAAACCAAGUACCCUCCAUGUCCACUUUUGACACUUUAAAAAAUGUUCAAAAACUAAGCGAAUCAAAAAUCACAUUAUCAAACAUAACACCACCAGAACUAGCUACCGAACCAAAUUCAGAAAUUUCGGAGACUAUUUCUACGAUUACAUCUACAUCUGAAGAUUUUCCAACAAUCUCUACAGCAAACAGUGAUCAAACCAAAAAGAUAACUCCAGCUAAAGGAUCUUCCAAAUCCAAACGUAACGUCCCAAAGGAAACUGCGAAGUCGGAAAACAACUCGGAGAAAAGUCCCAAAGCCGUUGCCGAAUCCUUGACCUCUACAAACCAAAGAGAACUAAAUACUCCCUCAGUCUCCUGCCGCAAGCUUCGCGUUUUGAUAAAGAGAACUCCCACUUCCAAUUGGCCUAAAAGCACACAGAAAUCUUCCGUCUUGAAAAAAUCUCCAAUUAAAAUAAAGCGUUUUAGGAAAAUUCUUGAAAGAAUAGAAAAAACUCCAUCUCCAGAGAAAUGUGAUAUUGAUCCGGCCAUUUCUUCUGUUAACAAUAAUCCUGAGACUAAUCCUGUUCCAGAUUCGGUUCCCGUUACUGUUUCUGAGUCGGAUAAUGUUCCUGAACCUCAGCAAAUCCUAAAUAAAGAAGUUCCUAAGAAAUCUGCUAACGACACUGAGAAUGAACCAAAGGGUAUACUAACAGAUCCGAAAAAAGUAUCUGAAGACAAAGAAAUUUCUGCCGACGGUGAUAAAGCUAUCACUAAGUUUUCUUCUGAGGACGUCUUAGCAAAAGAGACAGCAGAUGUGCUUCCUAACAAUGAAACACUGGAGUCCAAUUCAUUAACUCAUGCGCCUUUAGAGAAUAGUACAUUAAAAGAGGCAAAUACAAAAGACGAAACGCCAAAAGAGCAUAGCCCGAAAGAGGAAAAACUAGAAAAAGAAACACCAAGAGAAGGAACAUCAGGAGAUCAAAAGCCAGAUAAGGAAACCUUAAUCGAGGAAUCAGCUCCCUCGGCGGAAUUAGUUUCCUCAGCGGAAUCAGCCCCGUCAGCGGAAUUAGCUCUCUUAGCGGAAUCAGCUUCCUCAGCGGAUUCAGCUUCCUCAGAUGAAUUAGCUCCCUCGGCGGAAUCAGCUCCUUCUGUGGAUUCAGCUCCUUCAGCCGAAUCCUUAAAGGAGGAUUCUGAAAAUGACCUGGAAAAGAAGAUAACUAAUGUAGAAUCGGUUGACCCUCAAGAGCCCGCUCAAAGCCCAAUACCAGACUCAACGGAAACAACUAGUGUCACGGACGAAGCCGAAGCCAGUACGUCAAGCAUGGUGAAGCGCACCUUGCGCAAGCGGGAAGCGGAUUCCUCACAACCAGAUGAAGCGGCCAAACGAAAGCAACUGCAGCAAAGGGAGAAGUCGGCCACGGAGAGGCAGGACCAUGCUAAACCAGUUCGCCGUCGUCACCUACUGGAUGAAGAAGAGCCUCCUACUCUUAAACGUUCCAAAAUUGAAUCGGAGGCGAAAUCCAAUGUGAAAGGCAAAUUCAUCUCUAUUAUAGGUAAUGAAACCAUCAUGUCGUCAACGACAGCACCUAUAAAAGAAACCAGAAGCGAAACAUCACCAGCUGUUACAAAGUCGGCAGUGAAGACACCAAAACAAGAAUUGGUCACGAAACAUAUCAUAGUAGCAACACCUGCCAGGAAGCAGUUGAACCCAGAAAGUCCAAGUCCGGCGACCAAGAAGCCUAUGGUGCAGACACUACUGAGUUCUACUCUCAGUCUGCAGAAACCAUCAUCGGGAGACGAUGUAUCUUCUACUUCCACUAGAAAAACACAAAACAAGUCGGAAACAGAAAAGAACAGAGCGAGCGAUCAGCCGAUCCUAGGGAGCUCUAUUGUGGUCACUAGGAAAUCCUUGCCAGCCACUAAGAAAAAUGAAUCUCUCAAGGAGGAGGGCUCGUCGGCUGCUCCACGAAAAGUUAACAUAUCUGUUUCCGUGGUGCCUUCCAAGGAAGCAGCUGCAGAAGCAUCGAAAUCACCUGCCGCCACUCCUGAAACUUCACCCAUUUUGCCUCGAAAGGCACAGCUGGAGACGAAGAAGAUGGCCAGAAAAUCUGAGGUCAUUAAGAAAGUGGAGGCCAAUAAGAAGGAUGAUGUCACUAAGAAAGUGGAGGCGAAUAAGAAAGUUGAAGUCUUUCAAAAGGAUGACGUCAUUAAAAAAGCCGAGGCCAGUAAGAAAGUGGUUAGUGAGAAGGAUGAGGUCAUUAAGAAAGUUGAGGCCAAUAAAAAAGCAGAGGCCAAGAAAAAGGCCGUAUUAAAUGAUUCCCUAGAUUUGGAGAGAGCUACUGAACCAUCAAAGAAAUCUGUUACUUCAGUUGUAAGAGGCCGAAAACAAAAUUCACAGUCGGAGGCUCCAAAGAAACCCGAAAGCAGGAAGUCACAGGGAUUGCACACAGAAUCUAAUCCUCGUAAAGCUGCGCCUCAAGCUAACCGAUCCAAAAAAUUUCAAGCCUUAAAAUCUGAAGUAGCUGCGUUAGAUUUGAAUGACCCGAAACCACUUCCGCAAACAGAUGUCACACAACAAACUGGAAUGCAAAUAUCGACAGAUGCUUCUAAAGCUGUUGUGGUCGGAGAAAUUGCCAGGGAUGUCAAAGCCGAGGAAAUCGGGGCAACCGAUAGGGGCCGCGGAGCAGCCAAAAGAGCCAAACAGGAGCAGCGAAAGUCGAGGGGCAAGCCUGGACUUUCCGAAACUACAUCUGACUCAAGGGAUUCCUCCCGCGACGACAGUGCUCGUAAGUCCCGCACGGAUAAACAAGAUCAAAAUGUGUCAGUGACCCACCGCCAGUUUGCACUCGGCAAAUCGGUUCACAUGACUCGAGCUACCAGCAGCAAUAGAUCAUUGGCUGCUACGCCAGCUCCCAUGUCCGGAAGGCAGAGGAAUGCUUCCAAGGACCGCUUUUCACCCUUUUCAGAGCAAAAACAAGAGCCUAAGGAAUCCCAGUCCUUGCGUGGCAGACAAAUUAGGCGCGUGCCAGUCGCACCAAAAAGAAAGGCAGUGGAAGUUGAAGAGGCAAUAGAAGGAGUUAAUCCGAAGCGACCAAGAGAGCUGCAGGGAGAGGAUAUGCAACAUCAAGAAGAUCCUGGCCAAGAGAUCCUGCCCGUGGCUUUCCCAGUUAAAAUAACAGCUGCCAGUUUGGCUUCUUCAGAAGAGCCUCUCGCAGUUCCUUCUACAGUUGAAGACGCUCCCCCGAAAGCUAAGCUACGCAAACUUUGCGUUAAAAUCAAUCGACGAAUCUUCAACAAUUGGCUAUCGAAGACACGAGAGAAGAACCAAGAGAAACAAGACGCCCCUCAAAAAUUACCGUCACCUCCUCCACUACCGGAAGCAUCAUCGGAAACGGAUUCUGCGGCGGAGUCAAUGUCAGAAUCAAUGUUGCCUCCUCAGACAGAGCCGGCGGCUGUGUUUAAGGCAGUGCCUGAAUCCCAGCCUGAACCUAAUCCUCCAACUACAGCCCCUGAAUUGCCAGUAAGAAAAAGCUCAACUCUGCUCGCUCCCAAAUCAGCUCAUGUUCCAUCGGCAGCUCCUGCUCUCCUUUCCGAUUCUGCAGAAGUCCUGCCGGUAGUUCCAGUACCAGUCAAGGCAAUCACGAAGACAGCUAUAUAUCCACUGACUGAACAACAUCUUUCCGACAAGGCACCGUUGCUGGACAGUGCGCAGAAGUUGGAAAACCAGCGAAGAGUGCAGAUGUUUCACGCCAAGUCAAUGCCACUUCCAGUGCCAAUUCCAGAGGUGAAGUCAGAGCCAGAAGAUGCUCCCCCGGAGAUUGUGGAAGAAGAUCCCUUUUCGGUAUUGCCUACGGUUGCUGCAGCGGAAGAAGCACCUCAACCACUGCCGGUAAUUGAAACCAUUGGUCCUCCAGCUAUUCAAAGCAACAACUUGGCAACGGUUUCCUCUGGCGCGAGUGUUUCCCAUUCGAUUCCCUCGGCCAGUGCCCCUAGCAAUAAUCCCAAUGGCAUUGGCCAAACCAAGAUGUUCUCCUUCCUAUACCCGAAGCGCUAUAAGCGAUCCUAUGACGACGUGGGCCUGGACUUCUGCUGCCCAAAUCUGGACGGACCGAUGCGAGCCAUUGAUUUUACGCGUUUGCAUUCGACGGCUGAGGUACCGGUGUUGGAAGUGCCACAGUUCCUGGUCAUCACCACCAAGUUUAUCUCCAAGGCGGACAAGAAUAUUCCAAGCAAGGUGCGAGCUAAGCUGGAAUUGCUGGGCAGAAAUAAGGUACAAGAUUCCAGAGAGCCAGUUGCUUCGGUUUCCAAUCUGGCUUCUGGAGAAGAUGUUCCCGCCAACGCUCUGGAUGGUUCAGUUACUCCAGCGCCUACUUCGAUAAUACAAAGUUUUCCUCCUGCUCCUCCUGGCGACUUGAGCCUACCUUCUCCUGCUGUCCCACCGAUUCCAGCUCCCUCUAGUAUUCCAAUUGCUCUAUCCAACCCCACUCCUGCAGAGGUUUCAUCUCCAGCUAUCUUGGAUUCCCUAACCAAACAGUUGCCCCGUGGCACUACGCUGACCAAGAAGGUUCUGCAUCCAGGGGCAACCCUCCCGCCAACAGCCAGCACUUCAAUGCUGGCCACCCUGCCGCCGUCGCUCAUCCAGUUGCCACCGAUCUGUCCCACGGACAAGCAGCGCGUGGAGUUGCAGACGCGAGUGCAGGUGUUUGAUAUGGUGCUCCAGGCACUUAGCCGGCGAGUUUCCAACUUGACACUGGCUGAGAGACAGCGCACCAUCGAGGAGAUCGUCAGGACCAGCUCGGUGAUGGCCAUCGACGUGGAUGUGGGUACCAAGCUAUUGGAGAACUACGUGCGUUACUUGAACAAGGCCACCAACACGAUAACGCCUUUGCCGCCGGUCCGGUUCAACUCGGUUAUCACGCCGAUGACUUCCGUCGGUGCUGCAGUAGAAAAUCCUUCGAGUUCAGUGGCAGCUAGCAGUUCGCCACUUUCCAAAAACGUCGUUAGCUCCACCAUGGCCUCCGUUACGCCAACGCAGGCCACCAAGAAGACAACGCAGCAUGCUCAGCAGCGCAGUUCGCUCCCCGCCAGCGUUCCCCUUUUCGAUGCCGAGAAAAACAUCAUUGGCUUUCAGUGUCCCAACCCGAAAGCGAAAACCGCAACACCGACUUCAGGUCGAAAUGCCCUUCCCGCUGCUACCAGCACUCCACUGGGACCCUCAACAUCCUCAGCAGCAGCGGCAGCUAAUUUGGCGCCACGAAACGUCUCGAUGGGAGCCAAGAAAAAAACAGGAGAAGACCCAAGCCAGAUUGUGAACUUGAAGACAACUGUUUCAAUGACCAUACCGUCACCAAAAGUAGUCGCCAAAAAGAGGGCCGUUCCUGGCACUAUGUUGUCGAUUAAUCCGCCAACACCUGUGCAAAAACCGGUGCUAUGCAAGAAGAAGACCACGCCGGUAAGGACAGCCACCCAGACCAAGACGAUACCAUCACCAGCUACGUCAUCACCAGCCACGCGAUCGCCGGCUACGCGAUUCCCCGCUUCGCGAGCACCAACUGCGCAAGCUUCAGCUAAGCCAAAGGCGACACCAAGUACAACUCCAGGUGUCGCUCCCGUUGCCAAAUCCUUAGCUCCCGCCGGAAUGAGUCUCAGUAGUACCAGCAAUCCGAAUGUGUUUAUCAUCAAUCAGGCCUCGCAGCCGGAGGAGAGCAUCCUGCCCGACACGAACAAUACCGUGGCGCCCAUGGAGGCGGAGAUCAAGGGCGAACUGGACGAUUCUUCGGAAAUUAUUAUCUAGUGGGGUGAAGACUAUAAUCUAGAUGGAAAGUAUUCUAAGUUACUUUAACACAGUUAAUUAAGCAGAGUUAAUUAUUUCGUUGAACGCAAGAACAGAAUUAUAUAAUUCUAUUAUGAAGAAUUUGUUAAACCUUUCGCACCAUCCGGUAAUUUUUCAAAAAAUAAAUGGAUCAAUAUUGUAACCACUUUUCGUUUUUGUAGUGUAUAGGUGCAUAUUUAUAUGUAUAUUAUAACUUAACAAAUUAAUAUAGUAACCACUUAAAUGCUUGGUUAUGAAAAAACUAUA